UGAAGGAAACUAUUUCCUGUUUGUAUAUUGAGAUAGCUCAGAAGAUGCGCAGCCUUAUUCUUGUAGUGGUCAUGAAUGUUGCCUUCGGGUCAGUGAUGUCCUUCACAAGGCAACCCAGAUCUGCAGAUGCAAAGGACGAUCUUGCUAGGCGCGCUCUCCUUGGCGAUUUGCUCGGAAAUGUUCUCGGCGGCUCUGUAGGUGGCGUGGUCAACAAAGCCGAAGCACUUCCUCAAAAUCUGCUACAAAAUCCUUUGGGAACUGUGAAGGAUGCCGUUGGUAGACUUCCCCUGGUAGGGGGUCUAGCCAACAAUCUUCUGAACACUGUGACUGAUGUAUCAGGAAGUCUUCCAGUCGUUGGAGGCCUGACCAAGAGUUUGCUGAACAACCCGUUAGGUACAGUGCAGGGUGUCACUGGUGGGCUUCCAAUCGUUGGUGGCGUUACUAGCAGUCUGCUAGGUACUGCUCAAGGUCUAACUGAUCAAAAAGGUCCAGUUCUAGGACUUUUGAAUGGCCUUCUUGGUAAUGUGCUAUAAAUGUAUAAUUCUUAAUGUAAUGUUUGAUUACAACAAUAUAUAUUCAAAAUGUGGGACAUUACUUUUGCUAGCAAUAAAA